AUGGACGCCGAGCAGUCUUCUUACACAUUUUCUAACCCCGCCAUGACGGCCACUCCCCUCGAGUUCUCCAUGCUCACACCCCCGGCGAGCGACAUCCCCGCAACCAUCAAGAUGGAGGAUCUGCACUCUGCACCCAGCCCGGCCGCCGUCCCCGAGGCCGCCCCGGCAACCCCCUCUGCCGCCACAUCAUCAACCACACACAAGAGCCAGCCCAAGAAGCGCAAGUCGUGGGGCCAGGUGCUCCCCGAGCCCAAGACCAACCUGCCGCCCCGCAAGCGCGCCAAGACGGCCGACGAGAAGGAGCAGCGCCGCAUCGAGCGCGUGAAGCGCAACCGCCUCGCUGCCCACAACUCGCGGGAGCGUAAGCGCGAGGAGAUGGAGCGUCUGACGGCCGAGCGUGACCACUGGAAGAACUCGCUCGACCGCUUCUUCGCCUACACAAAGCAGCUCGAGGACCAGAUCUCGUGGUACCGUAGCCACGCUGCCGAGCAGCUCCCCAUCGUCCCGCGCAUCAUCGACGGCAUCGAGAUGCCUCCGCAAACCGUAUUCAGCCCGGCCCCGUCGCCGUCGCCAGCCCCCACAUCGGCCCCGACCUCCACUCCCGCCGUUGUCACCACCUCAGCCGACAACAUGGCCACCGAGCGUGAAGGCUCUGUGGCCAGCACCACCAUCAACCCCCGCCGAACGUCCUUCACCAGCCCCGCCAUGAAGGCGGAAUCCGCCUUUGGCAGCCCUGCGAUGAACAACUCAUCGUACGCCAGCCCCGAGUCGAUGGAAGACUACGACUCGCCCAUCAACUCCAGCUCCCAGCCGCCCACGCCCCGGAACGACGAACUGAGCUUUGCUGAGCCCGACCAGACACAACAUUCUGCAGCAAUGUUGUGCGACCUGCAGUGUCGGUCGGCCAGCAGAUUGGGUUCCAGUACGACGCUUCCGGCAAGCCUGUUGACUUUUCCCUGGGCGAUUACCUAUCUGAUUCUACUCAAUCUACGUCUUUCGAUGACGCUUCUGCGCUCUUCGAUCUGUCAGCGUACGUUACAGAUCAUCCAGAGGACAGCUUCUUCGACGCCUCUUUCCCCUCAGAACCAGUGGGAUCCUUCAGCUUUCAUGAGCACUCUGGUGCAUAGUCUUAUGACCUGCACGCCGACUCAGGCGCAACAGUUUCUGUUAGCGACGGGCCUGGCACCGCUGCGUAAGCCUAGCUUCAGAGUUGCUGGGAAGGCUUCAGGAUCUUCUGGCAUCUUUAGGGAGAGGGACACGCGGAGAGCCGUCCGGCAAUUCCGGAGACUAUCGUCAUCGAUUAUCGACAAAGAGAGAAGAACGGUCAGAGGGAGAGAGAGUCUUGUACAAGAUAGCGGUCAUUUCUGGCAGGUCGGCUUAGGGCGAAACAACCUACCAACAAGGGUUUGA